AUGACACCAUUCCAGGCCCUCUAUGGAACACAUGUACCAGACUUACACCGUUACCAAUCAGGAACAACGGUUAUCACUACCAUUGACGCAACACUCAAAGAACACCAAAGGCUGUGCACCGUACUGAAAGACAAUCUCCGUAGAGCACAACAACGCAUGACCACAUUGGAAAACUCACACCGCCUUGACAAAGAAUUUAAAAUAGGCGACAUGGUCUACCUCCGCCUACGAGACUAUCGUAAAAAAUCAAUCCAUUCAAGGGAAACAAAAAAGCUAACAAAAAGAUUCUUCGGCCCUUUCAAGAUUACAGAAAGAGUCGGCGCGGUUGCAUACUGUCUUCAACUACCGCCAGAAGCCCGCAUCCACCCUGUUUUCCAUGUCUCCCUCCUGCACGAAGCUCAUGGCCAGUCUAUUUCCAUUCCGCUACCACCUCCACAUUUAACAGCAAGUGACCAAGGCACACCUAAAGAACUUCUCAAAUAUCGCACAACAGGUCAAGAAAAACAAUUUUCUUGA